AUGGAGUUCAGGAACUUGACUUUGGGAAGUGGCUUCAUUUUGGUGGGGAUUCUGGAUGACAGUGGCUUUCCUGAACUGCUCUGUGCCACUAUUACAACCCUGUACAUGUUGGCUUUGACCAGCAAUGGAGUGCUGCUUCUGGUCAUCACCUUGGAUGCUCGGCUACACGUGCCCAUGUAUCUCCUACUCGGGCAGCUGUCUCUCAUGGACCUCUUCCUGACAUCGGUUAUUACUCCCAAAGCUGUCAUGGAUUUUUUACUCAAUGACAACACCAUCUCCUUUGGAGGUUGUGCCCUUCAGAUGUUCCUUGAAUUGGCACUUGGUGGAGCAGAGGACCUCCUCCUGGCCUUUAUGGCCUAUGACAGGUAUGUGGCCAUUUGUCAUCCUCUGAACUACAUGAUCUUCAUGAGGCCAAAUGUCUGCCGGUUUAUGAUGGCCACAUCAUGGAUAUUGGCAUCAGUGAUGGCCCUAAUAUUUACCUUCUACACUAUGCAGUAUCCCUUCUGUAAAUCCCGGCAGAUCAGACAUCUGUUCUGUGAGAUCCCUCCAUUGCUGAAGCUGGCCUGUGCAGACACUUCCACAUACGAGCUGACGGUUUAUUUGGCAGGUGUCUCUGUCUUGAUUCUCCCUUUUGCUGUUAUUUUGGCCUCCUAUGCACGAAUUCUUUCUACUGUGCUCCACAUGCCCUCAAAUGAGGGAAGGAAGAAAGCCCUUGUCACCUGUUCUUCUCACCUGAUUGUGGUUGGGAUGUGGUAUGGGGGUUCCUCAUUCAUGUAUGUUCUCCCCAGUCAAUUCCACAGCCCCAAACAAGAUAACAUCUUCUCUGUUUUCUACACUAUAGUCACUCCGGCUCUGAAUCCCCUCAUCUACAGCCUGAGGAACAAGGAAGUCACUGGGGCUUUAAGGAGGAUUCUUGGAAAACGGUUGCUGCCAACAGAACCCAGUCAAUAG